CCCGCCCCCUUGGAGCUGGGAAGAGGCUCCAGCGCCAUGGGCUGCUCCAGCAGCGCCCGCAGCCGGCCCCAGGAGCACCCCCCUGGCACCGGGGAGCCUCUGCGGGCAUCACCAGGUGAGAACACCCCAACUGCAGACGACUACGAGACCAUAGCUGACCAAACCCAGCUGGGCCCGGCGGAGGAGGUGAGUCUUGCCUCUGAGGAGACCAACCCGGGUGAGCGCCUGCCAGGGGACGAAGCUGCGGCUGUGAGCCCAGCCGAGGAGGAGAAGAUCGGUUCGGUCAGGGACAGGGAGGAGCCGGAGGGCAAGGAGCCGCUGCCUGCGGGGUCGGAGGAGAGCUCUGAGCUGCCGUCUGCGUGGCGAGAGGAGACCACAGAGCCUUCACCACCACCGGCGCCGGGAGAAGAUGCUGGGUCACCGCCACCAGGCCCAGCAGAGGACAGUGGGCUGGUAGAGGGCAGUGACAGCUCUGUAGUGGAAAUCCUCAACAAAGUGCAUGUUACUGAAGAGGACCACUUCAUUGAGGGUAAUAUUUGUGCUUUUGUAAAUUCGGGAGGCCAAAUUCUGCCUCCAGAGACAUGUCGGGGAGUCCCUUUGAGUUUAGGGAGAGCCUCAUGUGAGCUUCUGGAGUCAGAAUUUGGCCCACAGAGUCUGUACAAUGUAGAGCAUAAUAAGGCAUGGGUGGGGAAGCCUCAGACUCGCAAGUCCAAGCUGUAAUAAAUCCAAUCAGCAUUUCCAGUCAUUAACUCUGCUAUUUCAUUUCACACCCUUUGUGUUCUUAGCGGGUAAGAUGCCCCACCAUAUCCCUCGUUUAAACGUUGUGUUUCUGUGUAGCUCAGACACAAUGCUUCAUAUUUGCAGAGCCCAAAGGCUCUAUUCCUUGGUUACCUGUGUUAACUAUAAACGUCCCUGCGCACAUGAGGUUGGGGGCUGGACGUCUAUCUGUAGAGGAAAAAGCAGUUCUUAGAUGCACCCUUGGCAUAUCCAGUCUGUCCUAAACAAGCUAAUAAGCAAGCAGAAUAGAGACAGAAUUGGAGGGACAUGGGGCUGGGCUUUCCAAAGAUCCUUGGAGAUGACUAGCUUGGGACGAAGGCUGCGUGCCCGAGGCAGAAGGGAUCUCCACUGCACCAGGCAGCUGUCAGAGGGACCUUUAGCAGAAGGUAUGUCCAUUGCCAGAGAUUGCAGGCUGUACUCUACUUUGGGUUAAUGCCCCCAGGACAUGUGCCUCUUACUGCACAUGCAGAAGGUGAACACCUCACAGGAGGAGUCAGCUUUCUCCUAAAUGGUACAAAGCAGCUCAGUGAGGAAUUGGAUACUUCCUUGGGGAGCAGUUCUUCAGGGAAUAUGCAGGUGAAGCACAUGAGAGGUAUUUCUCUCCAGGGAAACAUAGUAUCAGCAACCUUCCUCACUCCACAUUUGCCCUGAAGAAGUCCAAAAUGCAGAAGGACUGCUCUAUGGGAAGCCCAGAGCCCAUCGCAUGCACUGCCUCUUAACUCCAUGGCUUUGCUGUGCACGUGCGUGAACUGGGUACAUAAAUCUGACUCUGCAUCCCAGUAGCUGAGGAUGGGUAUUGGCUUGUCCUCUCCCAUGUCUCUUUGUAAAAGAAUUUUGAUGUUUUCUUCUAUAUCAAAUGGAGAUCUAUCACUUGGAAUAAAGUCUUGUUUUAUACAAGCAGUAAAUGACUCACCUGCAAAACACUUAGUUGCACCUGGCUGAAAACUCCAGUGUCGUUUAUCACCAUCUAUAAGCUUUGUGGUGUAGCACUGGGGACAGAACAGCACCCCCUGAAUGGUGUAGUAGGACCUACUGUACAUGAAAGCAUGCUUGCAACUGGACGUUUGCCUGAGGAUCAGUUACUGGGUUUUGGCCACCAAGCUAUCCAUGCUGCUUGAAGGGCGAGCAAGCAAUGUUUUUGGGGAAAAGAGUUUUCCUCUCAUUUUUGUACCAAGGUAGAAGUAAUAUUCCAGUGUCUUAACUUGCAUGCAUUUUCUUCCCAUGAGGUAUGUGAUGAAGAAUGGACUCUUCUUUUUUAUGCUGUGGUGCAUAAGGACUUUUGUUUUCCUUUACUAGUUAUGUGAGUAGAUUAAUUAUGUAGUAGCUUCCCUGCUGCACAGUUUCAGCCAGAAUGGCACGUUAAUGUUUUGUUCCAAUUGCAAAUAAAACUGCACACAUGUAAAAAAAAAUUCCAUUACCUAGGAAAAAUAAUGUGAACAGAGAUUGCGCUUAUGAUGUAUAUUGAAUAGAGUGUCAAUGGCAUUUUAUGAAAGUGUCAGGAGGAUUUCACAGGCAUGAGGGAUGCGUGUACCUGGAUGAUGGAAAACGAUAGGGAGCAUCCUGGUUGAUCCAUUCAGAUGAUACCUCCACACAGUGCCCCUGUAAAGGGCACUGGAGAGCUGACAGAGCAAAAUCAGGUUUGCAGGAAGGAGCUGGGGCCCGUGGUGCU